UAUAUAUUCUUUCGAAUAUCACUCUUAGUGUCUUUUAAUGUUGAUUUAAAGAUUCGCAAAAGGGUUUUAUAUUAUGCAGAAUAAUAUUUAUUUUGAGUUUUCUUGCGUUUCGUAAAGAAAUCUUAUAAUACCUUAGAGAUCGUAUCACAUAUAUGAAAAAAAAAAAGCAAAAUUAUUACAUACUAAUGAACAAGAUAAUGCAAUAUUCAUUACUGUUGUGUUCAAUCGAUUGCAGAUAAUUACUAUGGAGGAGACAAGAAGAUCUGGAAACUACGGAACGAGCAUUUGGGAUCAUGAUUACGUUCAGUCUCUCACUACUCCAUACACGGACAAUAAAUACAUAGAGCAAGUUGAGAAGCUGAAAAAACAGGUGCAGAUAAUCAUCGACGAAACCGAAAAUCAUACGCUAGCGCAACUUGAACUUAUCGAUAAUCUGCAGAGGUUCGAUAUAUCCAACCACUUCGAGGAUUCAAUCAAAAAGAUCUUGGGAGACAUUUACCGUGAUGAAUUUGAUGACAGCAAACACAUGCAACACUUGCAUGUUACAUCCCUCAAAUUUAGACUUCUCAGACAAAAUGGAUUUCUUGUCCCUCAAGGUGCAUUUUAUAUAUAUUUUUUAUUUGAUAACACCAAUAUUUUUUUAAUUUUUUUUUUAAAUUUAUUUUAUACAGAGGUUUUCGGUAGUUUCCUGGACAAGGAAGGAAAUUUUAAGGAGUGCUUUGCUGGUGAUGUGAAGGGGGUUUUGUCUCUGUAUGAAGCUUCGUUUUUAUCCGUCGAAGGUGAGAGAAUAUUGGAUUCUGCCAAAAAAUUCUCGACUCGUCAUCUAAUUGAAAAGGUGAAACAAGUUGAAGAUGCGAUUCUUGCCGAGAAAGUGAGGCAUGCAUUGGAGCUUCCACUGCACUGGAGAGUGCAAAAACUCGAAGCAAGAUGGUUUAUGAACAUCUACAAUGGUGACCCUAUUCUACUUCAGUUGGCUGCACUGGACUUCAACAUGGUGCAAACUAUAUAUCAGGACGAAAUUAAACAGCUGUCGAGGUGGCAUAAGGAAACCGGUCUUGCUGACAAGUUGGGGUUUGCCAGAAACCGAUUGCCGGAGAGUUACUUAUGGGCCGUGGGAUUUACACCCGAGCCUCAAUUUAGGUUUUCCAGGGAGAUUAUGACCAAGAUUGCUGUAAUGAUUGUAAUUAUGGACGACACAUACGAUGUGUACGGUACGAUGGAUGAACUCGAGAUUUUCACCGAGAUGGUCGAGAGGUGGGAUAUUAACGCAUUGGACCGCUUACCCGAAUACAUGCGAAUCAGCUUCCUAGCUCUGUUUAACUGCGCUAAUGAAUUGGCUUACAAAAUUCUCAGGGACCAAGGUCUCAACAUCAUCUCAAAACUGAGAAAAUUGUGGGCAGAACUGAGUAGAGCUUACUAUCAAGAAGCAAAAUGGUUCCACAGUGGGUAUCGCCCGAGCACGAACGAGUACAUCAAUGUAGCCUGGCUUACAAUUCCAGGCCCAGUGCUUCUUUUCCAUGGUUACUUUUGUGUAACAAAUCCCAUUAACACCAAGGAGCUGCACUUUUUAGAGCAAUACCCUGGAAUUAUUCGUUGGCCUGGCAUUGUUCUUCGCCUCUUAGGCGACUUGGGCACUUCAUCUGCUGAAAUAAAACGAGGGGAUGUUCCGAAAUAUAUAGAGUGUUACAUGCACGAAACAUGCUGUUCUGAAGAGGACGCACGCGAGUACAUCAAGAAAGAUCUGAUUGAUGAUCUGUUGAAGAAGAUGAACAAAGAAAUACUAUUUAUGGAUAAGCCCAUAAAGAAUUUUCAAACAACUGCUAUGAAUCUUGUUCGGAUUGGUUUCAGCUUUUACCAGUUUGGUGAUGGUUUUGGUUCACCAUAUAGCGACACCAAGAGAAAUUUGGUCUCACUCUUGGUUGAACCAAUCCCUAUUCCAUCAACAAGCUCUUGAAAGCAAUGCACACCCACUCGCACCCAAACUUGUCGGAGACAAUCGAAUAAAGUAAUUUGUAUUUCUAGUAUUUUCAUUUUUCGUCGAGCUAAGACGACCGAAUAAAGUAAUUUGUAUUUCUAGUUUUUUCAUCCUUCGUCGAGCUAAGACGAUCGAAUAAAGUUAUUUGUAUUUCUAGUAUUUUCAUUUUUCGU